GCAGGGCAGGGACAGGGCGUGUCCGUAGGGAACAUCCUGGAGGCAGAUCUUUUUUGAGGAAAGGGAGGGCGCGGAGCUGCUGGGUGUUGUAGUCUUUGCGGCAGUCUCCCCAGAUCUCGGAGAAAGAAAAGAACUACAAUUCCCGUGAAGCCGUGCGGAAACAGUCCCUUGUACCCUCCCGCCUAGCGCGUGCCCCGAGCUGAAACGGGAGAUAGAAGGGGUCCUACGUGCGCGCCGGGGGUCCGCGGAGCGAUCGCUGAAGUGGGGUGCUGGUCGUGGCUAUGGCAGCUGAUUGAGAAAAGGAGACGCGUGGGAGUGUGUGGGGACUGUGACAAGGAUAGGACGCAUGGCCCUCACACCCCAGUCUGGCUGCCAUGGCUGAAAAUGCAGAGGGGGACCUGAACUCCAACCUGCUCCACACCCCGUACCACACCGGGGAUCCUCAGCUAGACACGGCCAUCGGGCAGUGGCUCCGUUGGGAUAAGAAUCCCAAAACAAAAGAGCAGAUUGAAAAUCUGUUACGGAAUGGGAUGAACAAGGAGCUGCGAGAUCGUCUUUGUUGCCGAAUGACUUUUGGGACUGCAGGACUUCGUUCUGCUAUGGGGGCAGGAUUUUGCUAUAUUAAUGACCUUACAGUAAUACAGUCAACACAGGGAAUGUACAAAUACCUUGAAAGAUGUUUCUCAGACUUCAAGCAGAGAGGCUUUGUUGUUGGGUAUGACACCCGGGGUCAAGUAACUAGCAGCUGCAGCAGCCAGAGACUUGCUAAACUCACUGCUGCAGUCUUACUGGCCAAAGAUGUUCCUGUGUACCUUUUUUCAAAAUAUGUUCCUACACCUUUUGUACCAUAUGCAGUCCAGGAGCUCAAAGCAGUUGCAGGUGUGAUGAUUACUGCUUCUCACAACCGCAAAGAAGAUAAUGGAUACAAGGUUUAUUGGGAAACUGGUGCUCAGAUCACAUCUCCUCAUGAUAAAGAAAUUCUGAAAUGUAUCGAAGAAUGUGUGGAACCUUGGAAUGGUUCCUGGAAUGAUAAUUUAGUGGAUACCAGCCCACUGAAGAGAGAUCCUCUGCAGGACAUUUGCAGAAGAUACAUGGAAGAUCUUAAAAAGAUCUGUUUUCACAGGGAAUUAAACUCAAAGACCACCUUGAAAUUUGUACAUACAUCUUUCCAUGGGGUUGGACACGACUAUGUGCAGUUGGCUUUCCAAGUAUUUGGUUUUAAGCCUCCAAUUCCAGUACCAGAACAAAAAGAUCCUGAUCCAGACUUUUCUACUGUUAAAUGCCCAAAUCCUGAAGAAGGAGAAUCUGUGCUGGAACUUUCUUUGAGACUGGCAGAGAAAGAAAAAGCCCGCGUAGUGCUAGCCACAGAUCCUGAUGCAGACCGGCUGGCAGUGGCAGAGCUUCAGGAGAAUGGUCAUUGGAAAGUUUUCACAGGGAAUGAAUUGGCAGCUUUGUUUGGGUGGUGGAUGUUUGCUUGCUGGAAGAAAAAUACAUCAAGAAAUGCUGAUGUGAAGAACGUUUAUAUGUUAGCCACCACAGUCUCUUCCAAAAUUUUGAAGGCAAUUGCACUCAAAGAAGGAUUUCAUUUUGAAGAAACAUUACCAGGUUUUAAAUGGAUUGGAAGUAGGAUAAAAGACCUCCUGGAAAAUGGGAAAGAAGUCCUUUUUGCAUUUGAGGAGUCGAUUGGUUUUCUGUGUGGCACUUCGGUUUUGGAUAAAGAUGGGGUGAGUGCAGCCGUAGUUGCUGCCGAGAUGGCAGCUUACCUGGAAACCAUGAAUAUAACAUUGAAACAGCAACUGAUUAAGGUUUAUGAAAAAUAUGGUUAUCAUAUUUCAAAAACUUCAUAUUUCUUGUGUUAUGAUCCAAGUACCAUCAAAAGUAUAUUUGAAAGGCUUCGCAAUUUUGAUUCUCCAAAAGAAUAUCCAAAAUUCUGUGGGACAUUUGCUAUAUUGCACAUACGGGACGUUACCACUGGCUAUGAUAACAGCCAGCCUAAUAAGAAAUCAGUGCUGCCUGUAAGUAAAAACAGCCAAAUGAUUACAUUCACUUUUCAAAAUGGCUGUGUCGCUACUCUUCGGACAAGUGGGACAGAACCAAAGAUAAAGUAUUAUGCAGAGAUGUGUGCAUCCCCCGAGCAGAGCGACACUGCCUUCCUAGAAGAGGAAUUGAGGAAACUCAUUGAAGCUCUGAUUGAGAAUUUUCUUGAGCCCAGUAAAAAUGGACUGAUCUGGCGUUCUACGCCAUGACUUUGCACUGGCACGUAGAACAGAACAACCCGGAACUCCAUGCGUUGAAGUCACGUUAGCGUUCUCUAUCUCAUCUGGCCAAGUAUCUUUGUACUUUGAUUUGCUUUCCUUUGGUGGGCUGACGCAACAAACUGUAUAAAUUCGAAAGGAAAUGGUCUUGAGAGAAAGGAUUCAAAUUUUUUCAUAAUCUUGAACAAAUGUCAUUGCGUUGAAAGUAUUCUCGUAACGCGUUGUUCUUCCUUUAACAGAAAAAAAAAAACCAAUACAUAAGUGAGUUUUCUUAUUGAAGUGUGAUUAAGCUUAGUUCCAUUAUUGUAAUUGUGUAUAGCACGGGUUUUUUUUUAAAAGGCAGAUAAAUGUUAUAUAGUUAUAGAGUUAGUUAAGGAAAUUAGUCUAUAAAAUUGACAAGAAAAUGGCAUUGCUGCCAGCAUAGUGUGGGAAAGUGUCAUUAUUACGUCAUAGGUAUUAACUUAAAAAAGUGUAGAGUAUUUGAAAUCGGGUAUUAGCAUUUCUAGCUUAGAACAGAUGUUACCAUAUGUGGUUUCAGGUGCUCUUGGUGCAGUGUAAAUUUAUUGUAUGUAUUUAAAAUUCUGACGUUUACCAAACAUGAAACAAUAGUGGCCAUGCUCCUAGUGGCUUCGUUCUUGUCAGAUUUCUUGGUGCCUUCUCAGGGUAUGGUGUGAAUUAAAACAGUGUUCCUGCAUGGAAUAUAAUUUAGUCAGUUAAUUUUCAGACAGUUAUUUCAGACCAAACUACGUAGGUGCUUCCCCUCUAUAUCAGAUCAGUUUGCCCCUUUAAAAAUCUUAUGAAUGUAAAUAAAAAUCCUAAUAAAAUCAGACUCAAUGUAACUGUGCUUAAGGAUCUUCUUGUAAGAAUUAAUGUCAAUAAUACAGCCUUCAGGUAAAGAAAAAAUCUGAACUGAGAAAGGAGCUCUGAAUUUAUUUAAAAAUCUGACUUUGGAAUUACAUUUUUAUAAGUAGAUUUAUUCCUUUAUCAGAUGAAGUAAUGCUAAUUUUACUAAGAAAUAAAAUAUCCAGAUUUUAGGUGUUAUCUAACACUAAAACUCCAUAUUUUAAAACUAAAGUCCAGUUUAUUCUAAUAUCAUGCUGGCUACUGUAGAAUUUCUGAUCCCAAGAGUAUUUCUCUUUCAAUGUGGAAAAAAAAUUUUGCAUAUUUUUUUCAAGUAGGCUCCAUGCCCAGCGUAGAGCCCAGUGUGGGGCUUGAACUCAUGACCCUGAGAUCAAGACCUGAACUGAGACCAAGAGUUGGAGGCUUAACUGACUGAGCCACUCAGGUGCCCCUCAGUGUGGAAAAAAAUUUUGGAAGGUCACUUUUGGUUGAUUCUCCAGUCUUCUAAAAAAGUCUUACGAGAGAAGCACUAAUUUAAUUUAAUUUAAUGUUAUUUUAUUUUCUUAAAGUGUAUCCUGUCCUAUACAACUCACAGAAUACUUAAACACAUGUGGUAUAGUUAAGAGGUAACAAUAACAAGACCUUGGGUGUAAUUGUACUAAACAAAUUGCUAAUGGGACAUAACUGUCAUUGGAGUGUUUAUUUCCUAAAUAAUAAUAAUAAUAUAACAUUUAAACUGAUUAGACUAUUUAGUAAAUAAUGGUAUGGUUUGUUGCAGCUCUAUCAGCUAACAUUUGGUUGAACCCAUAUAGUGCAAAUAUAAUUUUCAAAUUAUUGUAUUGCCACUAUAGUUAAUUUAUUACUUCCUUUCCUAUAGCUAGAUCUCAUAUGACUGCAGAUAAUAGACAGCUAGCUAAGUGUAGAGCACUAUACUUCUGAAGGACUUUGUUUUCAAAGGCUUUGUACUGAAGAAGAAAUGUGCAGACUUUUUUGUUUUAUUUGCUUUUAGGAAUGUAGAAUGUAAUUUAGGAGAUGGCCUAUAUUCUACCAACUAGUAUGAACAAUGCUAUAUAUAUGAAAAAUAUGUAUAUUUGGCUUAGUAUCUGUGUUUCAGUGACCGAAGAACAAAGUGGAGCUAAAAUGAUAUGCUAACCCAUUCAUAAUCACUAAAGCCAUGUCAUGAUUGUCAUUCUAUUAUAAAGAGAACAGUUUUGAGUGCUUUAAUAUAAUACAACAUUUAAUAUAAUAUGUCAUCUUAAUCAAGGUGAAAAGUUAUUAAAGCUUAGAUUCUUAUCUCAAAAAUGUAAAAAUCCAAGGUUAAAAUCAACAAAAUGUUACAAAUGUUCCCGAUGUGUAUAGAUUAAGGGAAUUAUUUGGUUCUAGCCAAGCUCUCAAGUCUAUAUUAGCAUGAUAUUGAACAUGAACUUGACAUAGUGGUGUACAGUUGCCUAACGGUAAAUUUAGUAACCCAAGCCGACCAGGAAAGACAAGAGUGCUGGACUGUAGGUCUCAGCCUUGGGCUCUACAUUGUUUAGCUUUUUCUUUAUGAACAAUAUCAUGAAAAUGAGCCCAUUCUCAUUGAGUGUGUAGAUUAAAACUGGGCUUUUCUAGAGUUUUGGGGAAAAGGAAUGAACUAGUGGGCAAGAUCAAAGCAUAUACUGAAGAUAAACAGUAGAAAUAAAGAAACAAUAAGAAGGGUCAAUAAGAUGGCACAGGAAAUGCUUCUUGUGAAGGGCGAACUUACCUCUCUAAAAGUAGGGACUAAACUGGCUGUGGGCAAGUUGUUUACCCAUGUGCAUUUGUUAUAAUGAUGAGCAGAUAGAUGGUGAAACUUUUGUUUUCCUUUAUUAGCAACCACUAAAAAGAGACCAAGUUGUAGGAGGUGAGAAAAAGUACCCCUCUUACUGAUUCAAUUCCUGCCAGGAGCUGGGGAGGAGAGGACAUAGCAGAAAUAAAAAGGAAUACAACAGAGAUUGUGAGAAAAAGUUCAAAGAAUUCAGAUCAUUUAACUCUGGAGGGGAGAAAGCUAUUGAGAUAAUUUAAUAAGUCUUAAGUUAUUAGUUGAAUCUUUUAUUAAAGGACUCAAAGUAAGAAGUAAUAUGACAAACUGUUCUCUAUCUUCAGUGAGGACAGAAAAAAGAAUAAGGACCUUUUCAAAAAAACUAAAUGACAGAUUUAAAUAUUAAGGGAUAUACUAAAUGUCUUUUAAAGGUUUCUUCCGAAAUUUUUUUUAAAACUCAGGUUGGAACAAUGAUGAUGUCAUAGAGAGCACUGAAAGUUACAUUUGAGUUUCGCUCCCUAUCUAGAAGAAUUUAGCUCACAAGAGAGUUUUUGUAUAUGUUGAGUAGUAGAUGCAUGAGUGCAGUCUUUAUUCACUGCACAGAGACCUGCUUAGAUAUUAUUUUUAGUUUAACCUGGCAAAUUAAGUGAGACUUGAACACCAUUUUGUUCAUCUUGAAGAAUGUAUAGCAUUAUAGGAUAUUUGAGGGUUUUGUUUUUUGCAUGUAGUAACUUCAGCAGACAGAGAGGUUCUAAGAGAUUGGAUACUUUAGGAAUAUCCUUAUAUAGAAAAUAGGCCUCUUGUCUCUUUAGGAGGUUGCUUCUGGAGUGGAUGCAACAGAGAUAUUAGCUGGAGUUUAAUGGAGAAAUUGUUCUAUGAACUGCUGCUACUGGUAUUUCUUUCCAGUGUUUUCCACUGAUGUUUGUGAUGCUUGAAAAAUCCAAAUUUUGCUUGGAUAAAUUUAUUUUAUGCCUUUUCCUCUCUACCUCCCUCCUUCCCUAGGUGCCCUCCUACAUUUUGUUACUGUGAAAAGCUAUCGCUCUAUUACCUCACUGAUAAGAAAUCUUAACUGUAUUCAUUCAGAAUGCUUUAAACUGAUUCAUAAACUAUGUUUGGAUUUUUUUUGACUUUUGAUUAUUUUGUCAUUAUUGUGAGAAUAUUUAAGACAUUGUAAGAAGUAAUUUUAAAUCUAUUUCAUAGCCUUUUUGGGUCUGUCUGGAUACUACUAUAUGCUAAUUUAUUAUGGCCUUUUAUAAUUCACUUGUUUUUCUGAGAUUGCUCUAGAAAUUGAUGAGGAAAGAGUCCUACCAAUCAAAAUGGAUGGUCAAUUGAUCUCACAUUUUAUUUCAGGUGUCCUUGUACUUGGGGCAUCCAAAGCACAAAAUCUGAAGAAAUCUUUUUUCACAUUUGUCCCCCAGAACAUCUUACCAUAAGCCAUAAGAAGUCCAGGUGGAAAGAAGAGAACCUUUCAUUGCAGGACUUGACACGGCAUGACCUUUUUUAGUUCCAGUUGAAAAAACCAAAUUAGGUUUUACCAUUGGUUACUUUAAAAUAUUAACCAUACUGUUACAUUCAUUAAACCAUCUUUUUUCUUUGUUAUUUCAAGACUAUAUACCUUAAAAAGAGGACAUACAGGGGCGCCUGGGUGGCUCAGUCGGUUGAGCGACUGCCUUCGGCUCAGGUCAUGAUCCUGGAGUCCCGGGAUUGAGUCCCGCAUCGGGCUCCCUGCUCAGCGGGGAGUCUGCUUCUCCCUCUGACCUUCCUCCCUCUCGUGCUCUCUGUCUCUCAUUCUCUCUCGCAAAUAAAUAAAUAAAAUCUUAAAAAAAAAAAAAAAAGAGAACAUACAAGAAUGAGUAAAGUGACCAAGAUAAGGGCACAUGGCAUGCUAAAGUUUGCUUCUCAAAUUUUUUUUUUUUUUUAAGAUUUUAUUUAUUUGACAGAGACACAGCGAGAGAGGGAACACAAGCAGGGAGAGUGGGAGAGGGAGAAGCAGGCUUCCCGCCGAGCAGGGAGCCCGAUGUGGGACUCAAUCCCAGGACUCUGGGAUCAUGACCUGAGCCGAAGGCAGACGCUUAACGUCUGAGCCACCCAGGCGCCCUGCUUCUCAAAUUUUUCCACCAGCAUAACCCUAAAGCAGAGGAACAUGAUGAAUAUGUGGGAGAAGGGACCCAACGCAAACUCAGAAGCAGUCUACUGCUCAUGAAAUUUCGUGUUCUGUCAUUAAAAUGUAAGCUGAAUUUUGCAUACCCCAUAAUAAAACUGUUUCGAUGUAAAAAUGAUUCCUUCAGUCCUCACAGAAGCUGGUGCUGCUGGAAAGGAGCACCGUGUUGAUCAUAGGGCCUCUCGAUGGUCUCCCCCUCCCCUCCUCAAUUGCUGCAUCUGCCUGGUGGUAUACACACCGACCUUAACGUGAGAAAUAGAAACAUAGAACAUAUCUAACCUGUUCCCUGCAUUUUAAAAGCUGAACUUUGAAAGUAUUACUGCCAAAUUAAACUGACCUGAAACAGUUAUGUUAUCACCGAACCUCAUUGUCAGAGGUGUUGGCCGGUUUGUUUUCAUUAAUUCAUUGGCAUUCCUUGACUGAGAUGGAGCAUCUGACUAUCAGCUCCCUGAGAGCAGAGAUCAUGUUUUAUUAUUUUUCAUAUCCUCCCACCCUCCCCCAAGUAUAGUACCUAUUAUAGAAUGCUUCGUUGGUGAUAAAAGGAAUUAGGGGAUUGUAUUUUAAAGCAGCUAAUAGUUUAAGAAACAAUCAAAAAUGUUAAUUUUCUGGUUCAGUUUUUUUAAACAAUUCUCAUUACUGAAAUUUAUAACAAAUCAUCUUCAUUAAGCACGCACACCCUUAAAUACUCAGUUUCUUUUGAGAGAGCAGAGCAUAUUUCCUAUUUGGAAAAUUAUGUAUAAUGCCUAGUAUUUUACACUCAAAGCAAGGUGUUGGCCAAGUAGGCCAAGAAAGUAUCUAUGUAGACUUAAUAUCACUGGGUAUAGGUGCCAGUUUGAGCCUCCUAGUGCUACCUUCCAAGUGAGUCACAACUAACUUGAUACGAUUUGAUGUAUUUUUGUCCACUGUUAUGAUUCAUCAUAUAUCUCAUAAGAGGCACUCAAGCAAGAGUCUGUGUCUGUAUAUAUUGUAAGGCCUUCUUGUUUUAGGCUAAAAUAAACUUUGUAUACGUCACUGAAUAUGCCAGAUAAAAUAUAUGCAGUUAAGAAUGAAUUAUUUUUCUGACUGUGUAGCAGUAGAUCAAAAAUGUGCUCUUGUUUUACCAGUUUUUUGUCAACAUUUCUCUUUUUUUUUUCUGAUGAAAAUGCCAGGGUGUAUCAUAAGUACCGCCUGUGAGAAUUUGCACUUGAAGUGUUGGUGUGUGAAUUUCUUGUGCUUUUAGCCAAAUGAAGUGUUAUCAGUAAUAAACAGCCUCUUUAUAGC